GAGAGAGAGAGAGAGAGAGAGACCUGUUGAGGUGUCACUGGGGUAGAGAGAGAGAAAAAAGGGUGUUGGUUAGACUUAUUCAGAUCGUUAGCUUGUUAAAACCUGUUUAACGAGUCUCUUCCAAGUCGGGGAAACGGCCAACACGUCUCGUGCGUUCCGUCUCGUGCUGAGGUGAAGCCACGUCGCCAUGGCGCAGAUUCUGUCCAUCAUCUUCAUCACAUUUGUCUCCCUCGUCUUGACCGAAGAUCCGCAGCAGAAGGACGAUCCCUUCACUUUCGAUUAUCACAGGCUGCGCGUUGGAGGGCUGAUCAUGGCCGCGGUGUUGUGUCUGAUAGGCAUUACUAUCCUUCUGAGUGGACACUGCAGAUGCAAAUUUAACCAGGACAAGAGGAGGAGGACAGGAAGUAACACAGCCACGCAGCAGAUGCUCAACGACACAGCACGGGCCAGUGAAUGUUAAACGCUCCUGCUGGACAGCUCAGUGUCCAUCUGACUGACGGAGGACAUGGAAGAUCCUGCAGUACCUUUAUUCCAGCGCAGACAGACGUGCUGCUUUAACACACAACAACGGGCCCUUUAUUAUUACUCCAACACAUGAAUGCUCUUCUAUUAUUAUUAUUAUUAUUAUUAUUAUUAUUAUUAUUAUUAUAUAUUCCACCUGUCGGCUGCUUUCAUCUGUGCUUCUGUCUGAUGUUCAACUAACUGAAACCAAUAACCAAAAAACAUCUCUGUGUGGAAAUCCUGAGGUUUCUGUCUCUCUGUAAUGUUUAGUGUUUAAUAAAAUCUCCUUUUGGUUUAGAUCCUGUUGAUCAGAUUUAAUCACAUGACACUCAGCUUCUAACCAAAAACAUAAACGCAGUGGAUCCACUCGUCCUGUCUGUCUGUCUGUCUGUCUGUCACUCUUUCUGUCUGCCUGUCUGUCUGCCUGUCCGUCUCUUCCUCUGUCUUUCUGUCUGAUUGUCUUUCUGUCUGUCUGCCUUUCUGUCUGAUUGUCUUUCUGUCUGUUUUUAUCUAUCUAUCUAUCUAAUCUAUCUAUCUUUCUGUCUGUCUGUCUUUACAUCUGUCUGUCUUUCUGUCUAUCUUUCUGUCUGUCUGAUUGUCUUUCUGUCUGUCUGCCUUUCUGUCUGAUUGUCUUUCUGUCUGUUUUUAUCUAUCUAUCUAAUCUAUCUUUCUGUCUGUCUGUCUGUCUGUCUUUACAUCUGUCUGUCUUUCUGUCUGUCUGAUUGUCUUUCUAUUUGUCUGUCUUUCUGUCAGUCUUUUUAUCUAUCUAUCGAGUCUGUCUGUCUGUCUUGUCGGUGCUGCUGAGGUGAUCUACAGUGUUAUAUUGUUUAGCGCUUCGUAGUUGAAUGUCUGAUAAAUUAAACACAUUUCAUUCUGAUUUAAGAAAAACCUCUAGUUUGUUUAGUUUUGUUUUUUAGAGCAUCAGCGUCCAGCAGGUUGUUGUUCGUCGUGUCGUGAUUGUCGCGUCGUCGUUUCUUAUUUUUUAAAACGAAUAUCGUCCACUUUUGCUGACUAAAACACUAAAACAA